GCCACAACAAGGAAGUGAAGCCGUUAACUGACGUUUGUUACCGUAGACGUUAACGUUAUACAUAGAUAUGUCCAUUGAAUAGCCACACCGACGAUACGAAACAAAGACGUGAAAAUGACUACACGAAAACGACGCGGCAAAGAUUUACACACAACACAAACUAGCGCUGCUGGUGGUUUGAAGGACAAUUCACAGAAGAAAAUGCAGCACUUCCACUUGGACCUGUGGUUCUGUCUGACUGUGCAGAACUGGAUCCUGGACUUUGGGAGGCCUAUUGCAAUGAUUAUCCUUCCUCUGGAGUGGUUUCCUCUCAACAAACCCAGUGCUGGAGACUAUUUCCACAUGGCAUACAAUGUCAUUACACCUUUCCUAAUGCUCAAGCUGAUGGAGCGCAGUCCCAGGGCGCUGCCUCGCUCAGCCGUCUACCUCUGCAUCAUCACGUUCGUCAUGGGAGCCAGCAUCCACCUGGUGGGGGACUCCAUCAACCACCGGCUCAUCCUGAGCGGCUACCAGCUCCACCUGUCAGUCCGAGAGAACCCCAUCUUCAAAGACCUCAAGCCUGCCUCACUGAUUGACUCCUUUGAGCUGCUGUAUUAUUAUGACGAACAGCUGGGACACUUAAUGUGGUAUAUUCCUUUCUUCAUCAUUCUGUUCAUCUACUUCACCGGCUGCUUCACAAAGGCCAAAGAACAGAAGAAGAUUCCUGUCUCUGGUUGGCUGUUGCUGGGACCCAGCGCCCUCUACUAUUGGUACUUGGUCACAGAGGGACAGAUCACUGAACUUUUCCUGAUCACCUUCCUUGCCAUGGUUGCCAUGGUGAUAUAUCAACAGCGUAAAGGGCUCAGCGCAGACAGCAACGGCCUGUUCCUGUUCUGUAGUUUCAGUGGUACUGUGCUACUGGUGGCACUGUGGGUGGCCUAUCUGUGGAAUGACCCGGUGCUACGCAAGAAGUACCCUGGGCUCAUUUACGUGCCAGAACCCUGGUCCUACUACACAUUACACAUUACACCUAAAGAGCCACUGAAUAACAUCCGACCAGAUUUCUGAGAUGCAGAUUUCUGAGAUUGUGGCAGCACUCAGGAUGACGUCAAUACUGAUGAUGUGAUAAUGUGCAACAACCUCACUGCUAAACACAAGGUCCUGCUGCCUUCAGCCAUAAAUUCGAAAGGGGAUUUGUGUCCUUUUUUUGGUGAAAUGUUACUUUAUAUGUCUGACUUGAGAUCUGAGACUGAUGUAUUAGGCCAGUACUGCAUGUCACAUAUAGCAGGAAUAACUGAGCCUUUUCUCAGAAAUGUUUUUUUAAAUCUAAUGUUAAAACGUGUGUUUUGCCCAAUGGGAAUUUGUUUUAUUUAUUUGUUGUUUUUUUUUAUUGAAGGUGAAACCAGGGCAGGGAUUAACCUGCUGAAAAACAAAAGGGCGGGCUGUGGUCCUCUUUUUAAACCCCCCAAACAUUUCCCCAUGUGAGUGUAAUGUCAAAGAAAUUUUAAAAGAUAUUAAAUGUAGAUGUUGGCACAGGACCCCUGUGUAAGAUGGGGCUUCAAGAUUGGGUAAAAAUGCAGGAACCAUUUUAGGGCCCUUUAACAUUUGAGUUGUGCUUUAGUGGUGCAUCGGUUUAUUGAUACCAGAAAUGUAAACUUUGAUACAAUACUAGUAGUAAAAACCAAUACUCUAUACCGUAUUUUGAUACCCCGGCUAGAAAAAGUCCUAGCCACACAAAAUAAGAUUAUUUUUUAUUAUUAUUCUUUUUUUAAAUGAACCACAGUACAUGUGGUAUUGAAAAAGUAUUGAAGUAUCGAUACUUUGGACAACCUUAGUGACUAUUACAAAUAAUUAACACAAAGUAAUUGCCACUCAGACAACCUGGAACCUGUGGGUCUCCUGAGAACGGCAUCAACUGUUCUCACCGUUAGUAAAUAUUAGUUAGACCAAGUUGAGCUUUUACGAACAAACUGAAGGUGAAUAUACUGUAUGUACGGUAUAUUCACUGAAAAAUCAAAUCAUCAAAAAAGACGAAAUGCUGUGAGGUUGAUCUCUAACAGUUCAGAAGAAGAAUGUGUUGUUUGUUCAGUAAAUUGUCUGCCAGUCACAGCUUUUUCUGCCUGACUUCCAAAAAGAAAAGAAGACAAUGGGAGUCAUUUCUAAUCCUGACUGUCUAAACACAGUGGUGUAAAAUAAUAUAUAUAAUAUAUUCAACAUAGCACUUUCCAAGCGAGAUGCACAAACUUCAAUAACAAGAUAUAGAUAUGGACUACCAUUAGAAGAACAAUGGCUUCAAAGUAGCAAAAACAACAAUUUAGAUACAAAAAAAUAAAAUCAAUAUAAGUUCAGUAAAAAAGAUAAAACAGCCAAAGACAAGAUAAAAGAGAACGUAACAAAAGUCUGAUGGUAGCAUCACUGAGCAGUAUUAUAUAAACAACAGGGUCUGUUGGUCAGUUAAAUGUGUUUUGAAGGAGGAUUUAAAAACAGAAACUCUGGAAUGGAGGAAUGUUUCUGAACUUUUGUAUUUUGUUUUUUUAAGAAAACCUUUUCUCAGGUAUGAAAUGUUUCACAGUUUUUGGUUUUUGAUUAUACAUUUUGGUGAAAUGUUUAAUUGCCAUGCUAAUUUAGACAUGGAAGCUGUUGUAGUGUAGAUAGAUAGAUAAAGAUAGAUAAAAUAGAGCUGGGCACCAAACAGCAGAAUAAUCAGAAGAUGAUUUAUCAGAAGAUCAGGGGGGAGGAUGAGAGAGAACAUAACCCUGAGGCAGGUGACGCAAGAGAAUAGGAAAUGCCUGGACAGUGUCAGAGACUUAUCUUAGGUUUUGGUUGGUCCAACCUCCAACAAUGUUGUAUCCGAGCAGGCCAGAGAGGCAGUUUAAAACGCUUCAACCAAACUGACUCCAAGGAUCAGCUUAUUUCCAGCAGUGCCUUGUUGUCCAGGAACGUUCAGUAAAUCCAGCCAGUUCUUUGAGCAACUCCCACUCUCAUUACCUUUAUAUAUGUCACUUGUGAAAUAUGCCCAGAAACAGCAUAAUAAGCAUAUACUUCACAAUUAUGUCCUCCUUCUAGCUUCUUCCACUCCUCUGUCAUGCUGCCUUUGUUAGUUUUUUUUUUAUUAUUCCUCUUCUCCUGCUCACAGGUGUGUCUGAUUGAUCUUCUCCCUUCCCCCACUUUCCUCUCUUGUCCAAGUAGAAAAGGGUUAUUUCCUUUUUUUCCUUUCUGCUACACUGAGCUAUUAUAUUUCCACAUGUGGUCUUUAUAACCUAACCCUAUUGAGAACAUACACUCUUUGACAACAUGCUUUGUUGCAUGUGGCUCAGUAAUGUAGAGUAUAAGAGACAUCACAUAAAAAGAAGUUCAUUUUACAUAUGCUUUUACAUUAUUCAUAAGGUCAAAGAAACAAGAGCAGAUGACAUACAAAUGAAUUUGAUAAAUUCAAGUGUAGUUCAAGAGGCUCUCUGCUAUUGAUCGCAGGAACUGUACAGGAGAGGACAAUUUUGAUUAAUUGUUUUUAGUAAAUGAUCAAAUACAGAUAUUUCUGUCCUGAGUUUCCAUCUUGAGCCCAUAACACUGGUUUUAGAGCGGGACACAAAUACUGUAGCUGCUGUUACUAUGGUCGUAAUUGACCUAUUCAAAGCAUCUGAUACUGUAGACUGUUGCCUGGCUACAUUAUAUUGGAUUUGAUAUUCAUGUAUGUAAUUGGCUAAGAAACUAUGAGAGAGACAACAAUCUGAUAAAUUGGAAAGCCAUCAUAUUCGUAACGAGGUGUUCUACAGGGUUAAAUCUUAGGUCCAGUUCUUUUCACUAUUUAUCAUCAACAAUAUUGUUUGUCUUUGGCAAAUAGUCAUGGCCACCUGUACGCUGAUGACACAGUGUUGUAUUAUGUUGCUGAUUCUGUACAUCUAACGGUCAUUAACUUACAGUGUUCCUUUAACAUUCUGCAAGAUGCUCUUUAACUAAAACUAAUUUCAUGCAGUUUUCCAGAACAGUUUUUCUUGGAUUACAGUGAUGUGAUUUAUAGGCACGCAUCCUCUUCAACUCAUUUAUUAUCGGUAAUGUCUGUGGUACAAGUCAUUCUAUUUGAUAUGAUGUGGUUAGGUGGUCUUCUUUCCAUGAGAGACGUGAUACUCUCUGGUAUUUUUUUUAUCUGUAUAGCUCUUAUUGGAAAAUUACCAUAUUACCAUUCAGAAUUGCUUUGUCACUCAGAUGGGCUUUAUCAGAACUGCUUUUAAUGCUUUUAAAUACAGCCCCUCCUCAAAUUAAUACAGUUAACCUUUGGGUGAUAUCACCUUUUCUCUGUUUUUAUAUCUCUGUUGUUUUUUUCUUUUUCUUUGCUUUUGUAAUUGACACUGUCAUAGUAAAACAAAGUUGCCCCUUAAUGGGCGGCACCAUGGUGUACCUUCAUCACAGCAAGAAUGUUCUGAGUUCAAACCUUAUUUAUACUGUCAAUGGUUCAAACCCACUGGCCAGCUGGGGACUUUCAGUUUGAAUGUUCUCCCCUCGUCUGCCUGGGUUCCCUCCGGGUGUUUUAACUUCCUGCCAAAGUCCAAAGACAUUCAAGUUAGUUGGCAACGCUAGAUUUGCCAUAGGCGUGAAUGUGAGCGGGAAGGGUUGCUUGUCACUAUGUGUCAGUCCUGUGAGGAACUGGAAAAGCGGUUAUAGAUAAUGGAUGGCAAUGAUCUCUCGAGUUACUUUGCUGAUUUUUUUUUUUUAAAUGUUGAGUAGCCAUCUUUGUCUUUGCAGUUAUUGUUAUUAAUGUAAAAUUGUGAUUGUUUUGUGUAUUUACAGUAUUAUUCUUGCUUGUAAAAAAACUGUUCUGUUACUGGUUAGAUUUUACUAUGUUUAUCUUCAAUAAAAUGUUGAAAUUUACCUUCUA